CAGCUGUUGGAGGACAACAUCAUCACUUUUGUGAAGAACGAGCUGAAGAAGAUCCAGAAGGUUCUGAGUCCGGAUUACCCAGAAUGCUUAGAGAGUCAGAGGGAGGAUGAUGAGCAGAGGAGCAGCAGCAGAGAGGCAUUUGUGAAGAUCACACUGGAUUUCCUGAGGAGAAUGAAGCAGGAGGAGCUGGCUGACUGUCUGCAGAGCACUGCAGUUUGUCAUCGUAACCUUAAAUCUGCUCUGAAGAAGAAGUUCCAGUGUGUGUUUGAGGGCAUCGCUAAAGCAGGAAACCCAACCCUUCUGAAUCAGAUCUACACAGAGCUCUACAUCACAGAGGGAGGGACUGCAGAGGUCAAUGAUGAACAUGAGGUCAGACAGAUUGAAACAGCAUCCAGGAAACCAGACAGACCAGAAACAACCAUCAGACAAGAAGACAUCUUUAAAGCCUCACCUGGAAGAGAUGAACCAAUCAGAACAGUGCUGACAAGGGGAGUGGCUGGCAUUGGGAAAACAGUCUUAACACAGAAAUACACCCUGGACUGGGCUGAAGACAAAGCCAACCAGGACAUCCAGUUCAUAUUUCCAUUCACUUUCAGAGAGCUGAAUGUGCUGAAAGAGGAAAAGUUCAGCUUGGUGGAACUUGUUCAUCACUUCUUUACUGAAACCAAAGAAGCAGGAAUCUGCAGCUUUGAAGACUUCCAGGUUGUGUUCAUCUUUGAUGGUCUGGAUGAGUGUCGACUUCCUCUGGACUUCCACAAAACUACAAUCCUAACUGACCCUAGAAAGUCCACCUCAGUGGAUGUGCUGCUGAUAAACCUCAUCAGGGGGAACCUGCUUCCCUCUGCUCACCUCUGGAUAACCACACGACCUGCAGCAGCCAAUCAGAUCCCUCCUGACUGUGUUGGCAUGGUGACAGAGGUCAGAGGGUUCACUGACCCACAGAAGGAGGAGUACUUCAGGAAGAGAUUCAGAGAUGAGGAGCAGGCCAGCAGGAUCAUCUCCCACAUCAAGACAUCACGAAGCCUCCACAUUAUGUGCCACAUCCCAGUCUUCUGCUGGAUCACUGCUACAGUUCUGGAGGAUAAGCUGAAAACCAGAGAGGGAGGACAGCUGCCCAAGACCCUGACUCAGAUGUACAUCCACUUCCUGGUGGUUCAGGCCAAAGUGAAGAAGGUCAAAUAUGAUGGAGGAGCUGAGACAGAUCCACACUGGAGUCCAGAGAGCAGGAAGAUGAUUGAGUCUCUGGGAAAACUGGCUUUUGAUCAGCUGCAGAAAGGAAACCUGAUCUUCUAUGAAUCAGACCUGACAGAGUGUGGCAUCGAUAUCAGAGCAGCCUCAGUGUACUCAGGAGUGUUCACACAGAUCUUUAAAGAGGAGAGAGGACUGUACCAGGACAAGGUGUUCUGCUUCAUCCAUCUGAGUGUUCAGGAGUUUCUGGCUGCUCUUCAUGUCCAUCUGACCUUCAUCAACUCUGGACUCAAUCUGCUGGAAAAAAGGCAGAAAACCUCUAUCAAGUAUAAAGUGUUUAAAGAACGAGAUGUAAGUAGAGAAUUUGAAUAUGGAGAAAACGACCUUUACCAGAGUGCUGUGAACAAGGCCUUACAGAGUCCAAAUGGACACCUGGACUUGUUCCUCCGCUUCCUCCUGGGUCUUUCACUGCAGACCAAUCAGACUCUCCUACGAGGUCUGCUGACACAGAUAGGAAGUAGCUUACAGACAAAUCAGAAAACAGCCCAGUACAUCAAGAAGAAGCUCAGUGAGAAUCUGUCUGCAGAGAAAAGCAUCAAUCUGUUCCACUGUCUGAAUGAACUGAAUGAUCAUUCUCUAGUGGAGGAGAUCCAACAGUCCCUGAGAUCAGGAAGUCUCUCCACAGAUAAACUGUCUCCUGCUCAGUGGUCAGCUCUGGUCUUCAUCUUACUGUCAUCAGAAAAAGAUCUGGAUGAGUUUGACCUGAAGAAAUACUCUGCUUCAGAGGAGGCUCUUCAGAGGCUGCUGCCAGUGGUCAAAGACUCCAACAAAGCUCUGUAA